AUGGAUCCUGAAAUUUAUGUGAGAAACGGACUAAGGUUCGUAAAGCCGUAUUAUUCUACGAGACAAAGCCAUGUAAAAGGCCGCUGGUUAGGCCGGGCGCUACCAACAGUGUUAGAGAAUGAAUUUAAAAUGUCUUUCAAGAAGGGUGUAAAACAGAUCACUUGUGGUGAUAUUAAAUUAAUGAGAUCACCUCCAGGGUCUUCUUCUAGGGUGUUAAGUGUUGAAGAGACUUUGAACGAAAAAAUCACCCCUGCCGAUAUUUUAAUCUCUAGGAGCCAUAAACAUGAACCACCAGUUCCUCAAUGGCCGUCUUGUGGAGACCUUGUUGAAAAUAUCCUAGGGGUCCCUAUUGUUUUCAAAUCUUCUAACCUUCUAGUGAUAGAUAAACCUUCUGGGUUACCAGUUCAUCCUACUGGCCAAUAUUUCUAUAAUACUCUUACAAAAGUGCUGGAGCUUGGUGACUUUCCCUCAUUACGUCCUGCAUUUAGAUUAGAUAAACCGACUUCAGGAUUACUUGUGCUUGCUAGGGAUACUGAAACCGCAGGCACUAUUCAAAAGAAAAUUAAAGAACAUUCUGUAACAAAAUUAUAUUUUGCAAGAGUCAAAGGUAAAUUCCAAGAUAUACCGCUGUCGCAUUCAUCAUCCAUUUUUACAAUAGAGUUAAAGCGAACCUUUGAUGGGGCUUUCUCUAUACCAAGAGAUGCGACUACUGAAUUUUCACUCUGGAAAUAUAGCCCAAAGUUAGACGAAUCAAUUAUCUUGUGUAAACCAAUUACCGGUAGAACUCAUCAAAUUAGAAUACAUCUUGCAAGGCUAGGGUUUCCGAUAAUUAAUGAUCCAUUUUUCAAUAUUAAUUGUACUAGAUUCCCAAAAAGAACUCAAUUUAUUAUUGACAAUGAAGAUUGGAGACUCAAUGAAAAUUUAAAACUAAAUUUUAAUGAAUUUAUGAUUGAGCAAGAUUCGCAAUUAGAUAUGAGAUUGAAUAGCAAGAAGUGUCCAGAAUGUGAUGCAGAAUUAUGGCACGAUCCCGAUAUGAAAGAAAUGAAAUUAUAUUUGCACGCUUGGAAGUAUGAAGGUUUAACAGAUUUUCCUAUUGAAACUAAAUUACCUUCGUGGGUUGAAGAGCUUGCCAUUUAG